AGAACAAGAAGAGCACGUUCAUAUCAUGCAUCAGAACAUGCAACACUUGCUAAUACCAGCAUCAUCAUCCCAUUUAGUUACCACAAUUCACAAAUUUUCACUAAAGAUGAGGUCUUUUGCUUUUCUAGCUACUACCAAUGCUUGUUUGCCCAUCAAUGCUCGGCCAAAUCGAGACCAAUGUAGCCGGAGACUAUGCUUUGCUGUGACUCCGUGCGGCCGGAGGAGGCUUGGCUUUACCGGAGGGUUUUGUUUGACCCCAGAAGGCCAGAACAAUGUGGAGCUCUGCAAGGAUGGUGUGUUUGAGGAUGAUGAUGGUGAGAAGAGAAAGAAGGAGUGGGUUCAUUUUGUUGGAAUUGGGGGAUCUGGGUUGUCGGCUCUCGCAAUGCUUGCGCUUCAGCAGGGUUUUGAUGUAAGUGGCUCUGAUAUCAUGUGGAGCAGCUUCCUGGACAAAUUACAUGAAGCCGGAGCAAGAUUAUACAUUGGUCAUUCUGCCUCAAACUUGAAAAGUGAAAAUGGAGCAAGGCUUCCUGAUGCAAUUGUUGUUUCUAGUGCUGUUCCUUCAGAUAAUGAAGAGGUUGUUUAUGCAAAUUCUGUCGGAAUUCCCAUAUACAAGAGAGAUCUUUGGCUGGGAAAGAUUACAGAGCAGUACAACCUUAUUGCUAUUAGUGGAACUCAUGGUAAAAGCACCACUACAGCAAUGCUUUCGUUUGUUCUGAAUGCCAUGGGGGACAAUCUUAUUUCGGUGGUAGGAGCAAAUGUGCCACAGUUUGCAGGAGGAAAUAUCAUAGCAGGGAAAGGCCCUAACUUUGUCUUGGAGGCUGAUGAAUAUGAUAAAUGUUUUCUUGCAUUGGCACCACAAAUUGCUGUGGUCACAAAUGUGAACUGGGACCAUGUUGAUACUUUCCCCGAUGAGGAGGAUAUUAAGAAUGCCUUCAGAGAAUUUGUCCAUCGAAUUAGAGCUGGUGGUCAUCUCAUUCUAUGUGGGGAUAGUGCAGGUGCUUGUGAUUUACUUGUAGAGGAUCAGCAGGGAAUUGUGCCAAACAUUAAGAGAGUGACAAAUGCUCAGAUAACAAAUCAGGGGUACUCUGUGACCACAUAUGGAAUUUCUAGUAAAAAUGAUUGGCAUGCAUCCGUAAUUACAUCCAAUUUACAAGGUGGCCUUGAUUAUGUACUGCAUCACAAGGGAUGUCCUGUUGCAAACAUCAGCCUACUGCUGACCGGAGAUCACAAUGUUCUUAAUUCAUUAGCGGUGAUUGCCACAAUUACAACAAUGUUUGAUGGCAAGAGGAAUAUGCAUGAUACAAUUAAUGCUAUAAGCCACCAUUUGGCCAUGUUCGUAGGUGUAUCCAGGAGAUUUGACUUUAUUGGAAAGGUCAAUGGAUGUCACAUAUACGAUGACUACGCUCACCAUCCAGCCGAAGUUCGAGCUCUUCUCCGAGCUGCUAGGCAAAAAUUUCCAUCACAGGCAUUAUGGCUGGUUUUUCAGCCACAUACAUACAGCCGUCUUGCUGCUUUUAUGGAAGAUUUCAUCACUGCAUUUACUGCUGCGGACCAUGUCAUAGUAACAGAGAUUUAUGCUGCUAGAGAAACUGAUAAUGGGAACUUCAGUGGAAGAGACCUCACAACUUCUAUCAUCGGUCCGUCAUCUGAGUAUAUACCUAAAAUGGACGAUGUAAUCGACUUGUUGGAAACCAAGCUACAAUCAAGUAGAAAUCAGGACGUUGUCGUCUUCACUGUUGGUGCAGGUGAUAUAACAACUCUGGGUCCUAAACUACUUGCCAGAUUGCAACAGAGUUCCUACUGUCAGAUGGCAGUAUAGUUUUGCGGCGAAAUUAUUCUUUGUAUUAUUAUUAUUAUUAUUAUUAUUAUUAUUAUUAUUAUGGAGAGUAGGAUGUUAAGACUGGAAUUUUUGUGUUGCGGAAGAAAUUUAUUAUUUAUUGGAGAAAACAGAUUCAGAUGAUUCAUGGUUUUAUGAUUAUCUGUUUAUGUCAACCAUGCCAUACCA